AUGGUUCUAGCUGUGCCUAGUGCUGCCGAGGUCUUGGUGCCAGAGACCUAUUUGAAAAAGCGAAAAGCAGAUGAAAAGGCAGCUGCUGUGGCGGCGGAAAAACGAGCUGCUCAGCGCAAAGCACAAAAGAUUCAGCGUCAGGCUAUUUUUAAGCGGGCGGAACAGUAUGUACGAGAAUAUCGGUCCAAGGAGCAGGAUGAGAUUCGAUUACGACGUCAAGCCAAGAGUCACGGCAAUCUGUAUGUUCCCGCUCAACCGAAAUUGCUGUUCGUCAUUCGCAUCAAGGGCAUCAACGAUAUCCAUCCCAAAGUACAAAAGAUUUUGCAACUGUUUCGUCUCCUUCAAAUCAACAAUGGCGUGUUUGUGCGACUGAACAAGGCAACCUCGCAAAUGCUUCAAAUCAUCGAACCUUAUGUGACGUACGGUCCGCCCAACUUGAAGACGGUGCGUGAGCUCAUUUACAAACGUGGAUUCGCCAAAGUGAAUGGUAUGCGUAUCCCUAUCUCGGAUAACGCACUGAUUCAAGACAACUUGGGCAAAUACGGUGUGAUCUGUGUGGAAGACAUUAUCCACGAAAUCUACACCCUUGGAACCCAUUUUAAAGAAGUGAACAACUUUUUAUGGCCGUUCAAGCUGAACAAUCCCAGUGCUAAAGACAGUUGGCGUCCUCGCAAAUUCAAACACUAUGUGGAAGGUGGUGAUGCUGGCGAUCGGGAAGAUUACAUCAACAAGCUCGUUCAAGCAAUGAACUAG